UUGGCGGUAUUUUGAAAAAGAGGCAGGCCCUGUUUUUCUUCUCGUGGAUGAAAGUAAUUAAUCUUAUUAAUAUGGCUGAGUUGCCAGCUGUGCAGCUGUCGGAGGACGCUCAGUCGGAGCUCCUGGAGAUGUGUGAGCAGCAGUUUAUUCACCUUGAACAGCUCCAGAAUGAGAUUAUACUCUGUGAAUCAGAUUUCUGUAAGAAUCUGCAAGAACAGUCAGUAAACAGGCUGAUGGCAACAGAAGCUGAAGUCAAGCAGUGGCUGGCAGAGGAGCCGAAGUUGCUGGCAACAAACUCUGAAAUUUUACUUCAAGCUGGAAAAGAGGAGAUGCUCAAGCUGUGCUCUGAGCUGGAGAUGAUCCUUUCUUGUUGUGAAGCCAAGAGAGACAAACUGAAAGAGACUAAAGAGCUUGAACAGAAAUGGCUGGAGGAGAAGAAACGGGUGCUAAUAGCUGCCAAAGAUCACGCUGAACAACUUAAAAUGGAAAGUGAGAAAUCAUCAAAGUACAAUGUGUUGCAGGACACCAAAGCAAAAGUCCAGAAGAUGAAAGAAUACCAAGACAAGCUGAUGGAGUCUCUGGGGGACAUCCUGGAGAAGCAUGUUCCUCUGCCUCAGAGCGAAUCCAGUUCAAGUAGAAAAAAGAAGAAUACUGUGGCUGAGAUUACUGACGACAUCAUUUCACUCAGUGAAAUUCUGGAGAUACUCAUGAACAAAGUCCUGAACACACCGCACGACCCCUACGUUUUAAUAGAUGACACAUUCUGGCCACCAUACGUGGAGAUGCUGCUGCGCUAUGGGAUUGCAGUGAGACACCAAGAGAAUAACUUAAAGAUACGCCUGGAAACAUUUUUCUAAUAAUGUGGUUCAUUCAGCAUCUAAACACCACUUGUUUUUACUUUAAAUGUGCUUGUACAUUGCAGUCAUUUGUGUCAGCUGAUAUGAGGACUUAACUGCAAGGAGGCUGAUUUACUCUACGUGUGUGUAUCAUAGUUAAGAUCUUCAUUUAGGCUUCAGAUGGAAUUUUAAGUUAUUUUGUAUAGUGACUGUGUGUGUUUUUUUUAGUUUUCUCCAAGUAUUUUCAAGUAGCUUAACAAUAUGUUUCUCCCACUGUAAUUUUUACUUAUUAGAUUUUAAACUUUAAACCCCAUGUUUCUUUUUACCUUAUUUUUCUGCAAACUGGAUUAUAUAAGUCAGUGUUAUUCUACCAAUUAUCACCACAUAUUUGUAUAUGUUGAACUGGGUCUUUUUUCAUUUUAUAGUUUUUAACAUGACUUCUGAAACUGUUCUAUGUGUAAUAAACUUGGGAUGUUCA